GGUGAUACUGCAUGGUGUGGUCUGAGUCCGCGAAAAGGGUAAUCAAGGUGACUCAUAGUUUCUUUUAUGGCGUUCUUCAUGAAACUGGCCAUAAUGUUGGCGCUCCGCACAGCCGCAAAUUAGAGGGCGGCACAACAAUCUUAGGACUUGUUUGAUCCUACAUCAAUGCAGUUGGCUAAUGCAGAAAAAAGUGCAAAUGCCGUGCUAUCUCUGAUUGGAUUCUUUUGGGAUGUUGUCGAAUUUGGGAGGGUAUGUGGUUUCAAGCCGCUUACUUCUAGUGCUAGCGGUUCUCUUCAUUUCACGGGUUAAUCUGGUUCGAUCAGGUGAUGCAGAAGCGCUUCUUGCUCUAAAAUCAGAAAUCGAUCCCCUAAAUUCCUUGAAUUGGCUAGGAAGUGGGGUGUGCCGAUGGCAAGGAGUCAAAGAGUGCAUCAAUGGGAGAGUCAGCAAGCUCGUGCUUGAGCAUUUGAAUUUGAGCGGCACUAUAAAUGACGGCAUUCUGAGCCAGUUAGACCAAUUGCGCGUGCUUAGCUUCAAAGGCAACCUUAUAUCAGGCCGAAUCCCUGGUCUCUCCGGCCUCGUUAAUCUCAGAUCUCUCUAUCUCAACGACAACAGUUUUGCUGGCGAGAUCCCGAGCUCCUUUUUGGAGCUGAACCACUUGAAAGUGAUAGCCUUGGCCGGUAAUCGACUUUCAGGGACUAUACCCGAGUCUUUUCUCCGAUUGGGUCGGCUCUAUGCUCUCUAUUUGCAGGACAACUCAUUUACCGGGACCAUCCCUCCAUUCGACCAAGCCAGUCUCACGUUCUUCAAUGUGUCUAACAAUCGACUAUCCGGUCCAAUUCCCACGACUCCUACCCUGAUGAGAUUCAAUGCAUCAUCAUUCUCGGGCAAUAUAAAUCUCUGCGGUGAACAAGUCCAUGUGCUGUGCAGCAGCAGCGGCAUGCCCUUGGGGCCUUCAAUUAGUCCUGCGUACCCUCCUAUUCUACCUAGCUCUAAGGGGUCGGAAAGAAAAGCGAAGCUCAUUAACAUCAUUUUAGAGACGGUAGGUGGACUAGUGUUGUUCAUAAUAGUUUUCGGCUCAUGGAUGGUCUGGAAAAGUCGUGACAAGAGCAAAGCUUUGGGGGAGGCAAGAGCGGAAGAGGGGGAGGCAAGAGGCGAAGAGAGUAAGAGCGCAGCAGCAGAAGGCGAAGAAGAGUCGAGUAGAAACAGAGGCGCUAAUGCUGGGAAACAAGGUGGUCCUUUGUUAAGAGGCGAACAGCAGGAGGCCGGGGGUCUGGUGUUCUUAGGAGCAGGUGAUCAGAGGAUGAGCUACGGCAUAAAGGACUUGCUGGACGCAUCGGCAGACAUGCUCGGAAGAGGCACCGUGGGGAGUACUUUCAAGGUGGAGAUCACCACGGAGUAUAAAGCAGCCGUCAAGAGGCUGAGGGACACUAACUAUCCGAGCAUAGACGACUUCAGGAGAAAGAUGGACGUGCUCGGGCAAUUAAGGCACCCGAACCUGGUGCCGCUCCGGGCCUAUUUCCAGUCCGAUGAGGAACGCCUUCUUGUCUACGAUUACUUUCCUUAUGGCAGUCUCUUCGCACUGAUUCACGGGACUUCAGGGGGUGAAAAGCCGCUUCACUGGACGGCGUGCCUCAAAAUAGCCGAAGAUGUGGCCGCUGGGCUUCUUUACAUCCACCAGGACCGCGGUUUAACCCAUGGAAACCUGAAAUCUUCCAAUGUGUUGCUUGGUCCCGACUUCGAGGCAUGCCUGACGGAUUACGGUCUCUUCUCAUUCCCUGAUAUGAACACUCCUGAAGAGUCGAGCAGCUUUUUGCUAUUCUAUAGAGCUCCCGAGUGCCGAGACAAUCAUGAGCCAAUCACACAGGAAGCUGACGUCUACAGCUUUGGCGCCCUGCUGCUGGAGCUCUUGACUGGCAAAAUGCCGUUCCAGGAUCACGUCCAGGAACACGGGUCCGAUUUGCCAGGGUGGGUUUGGUCAGUCCGCGAAGAAGAGACGGAGAGCACGGGCGAUUCUGCUCUAGGCAGGGACGUGUACGAGGAAAAGCUCGAGACGCUCUUGAGCAUCAUGAUGGCCUGCCUCUCUCCCGAUCCGAACAACCGGCCUUCGAUGAGGGAAGUCCUGAAGAUGAUCCGAGACUCGAGGACGGGAUCCCAUGCGUCCUCCAACCACAGCGAACAUCUGUAGAUCCGUUGGUUCGAUAUGCUCCAAUAUUUCCCUAGAGACUGGCAUUUUCCGACAAGCUUCGUCAAUCGAACUUUACCUUCAUGAAGACGUGGUUCUCGCUUAUGCGGCUCACUCGAGACUUCAUUGCGAAGAAUUUACAAGAUUUGCAACCUCAACACGAUCGAAUUUAGCGGCCGAGAUCGUGCACUUGAAGUUACAUCACGCGACAUGCUAGCUAGCAAAACUGUUGAACGUAGCUCUGAUACUAGAUGGGAUGAUUUUUUGAUGUGGAACACUCACAACUCAUACAACACAAAG